CGCUGGGCAGCCCGCGGGCCGGACUUCGCCAUCGCGGGCCGCCGCGGGGUGCGCCUGGAGCCGUCGUCGGAGCCCACGCGGAGGAUGUGAGCAGUCCUGAGUCCGGAGCCCCCGGGAAACAUGGAGACCGUGGUGAUUGUAGCCAUAGGCGUGCUGGCCACCAUCUUCCUGGCCUCCUUCGCAGCCUUGGUGGUCGUGUGCAGGCAGCGCUACUGCCGCCCCCGAGACCUGCUGCAGCGCUAUGACUCCAAGCCCAUCGUGGACCUGAUCGGCGCCAUGGAGACCCAGUCUGAGCCCUCUGAGUUAGAACUGGAUGAUGUUGUCAUCACCAACCCCCACAUCGAGGCCAUUCUGGAGAACGAAGACUGGAUUGAAGAUGCCUCGGGUCUCAUGUCCCACUGCAUUGCCAUCUUGAAGAUCUGCCACACUCUGACAGAGAAACUUGUUGCCAUGACAAUGGGCUCCGGGGCCAAGAUGAAGACAUCGGCCAGCGUCAGCGACAUCAUCGUGGUGGCCAAGCGCAUCAGCCCCAGGGUGGACGAUGUGGUGAAGUCCAUGUACCCCCCGCUGGACCCCAAGCUCCUGGAUGCACGGACCACGGCCCUGCUGCUGUCUGUCAGUCACCUGGUGCUGGUGACCAGGAACGCCUGCCAUCUCACUGGAGGCCUGGAUUGGAUUGAUCAGUCGCUGUCGGCUGCUGAGGAGCACCUGGAGGUCCUUCGCGAAGCAGCGCUGGCCUCCGAGCCAGAGAAAGUUCUCGCAGGCCCCGAAGGCUUCCUGCAGGAGCAGUCGGCCAUUUAGUGUCUGCAGGCGGCCUCUGCCUCCCACCCCCUCCUGUAGAGUUAGUUUUUCUCUGUGGCUCAGGGGUCCAUUGUGCAUGCGCAGCAAAGCUGGGCAGGGGGCCGGUUGCCGGCUGCCUGUGUUGCCAUGGCCAGGGGGUGGUGGUCCAGUGGCACAGCUGGGAGUUGUCUGGGCUGUCGGCCUGUCUUUUAGCUCAUCCAGUGUCGUCAGGGGAACUAUGUGCCUUUAAGAGGAAGGCUGGUGUUGACAUCGGGACUUCUGGGGUCUCUGGGACAAUCCGAAGGUGCGGCACUUCUGAUCCGCGUCUUCCCAAGAGGACCAUCACUGAAGUUGGAGUCGCCACUUUGGGCCAGCCGUGCACCAGCUCAGCUGCCGGCUUCACUCACGUGUGUGGGCGCCUGCUCCCUGAGGCCCCCUCCACAUACAGGUGUGCCUUUGAGGCUGAGCACUGCCACACUGAUCACUUCCUUGGUAUCUUUAUGCCUGCAGUUUUACCUCACUGCCACUAGGUGGUUAGUACAUUUAUACUUCCUUUCCUA